CACACACAAUCACACCGUAGAGGCUUCAUUAUUUAUGUUCUGAUGCAAAGGCUGCCUGCGUAAGCGAAGAAAACCAGAAUCAAAGGACCCAGCUCUGGAACGGGCACCGGGGGUGCCGCCCACUGCCUCUGUGCCGUGCCGCUCUCUUCGGGCCUCACACAGCAGCCCAGCCCAGCACCCUAAACUUCCACCUUCCCUUCCGCUGCCACCGAUUGAACCUGCACCCCACCAAGACACCUGGUUGCCAUGGCUGCGGUGGACAGCUUCUCCCUCUUGCUCAGGGAGCUUGGCCGGUCCUGCAAUUGUUACAUAGAGACGCUGGCUUUUAUCGGAGCUUUCUAUACAGUCAAGACAUGCUUUAAUGUUCUGAAUGGCACGUACACCCUGAUCAGGUUACAUUUCAUUCCCAGGCUGGUCAGCAGGGCUGAUCUCGUCAAGCUGUAUGGAAAAUGGGCGAUUGUCACAGGUUGCACCUCCGGCGUUGGCAAGUCCUAUGCUAAAGAGUUGGCAAGUCGUGGGGUGAACAUCGUCUUAAUUAGCCUGGACAAGGCAAAGAUGGAGGCUCUUGCCAAAGAGAUAGCGGAUUCCUACAGGGUUGAAACGGCAGUGAUUGUGGCGGACUUCAGCAAGGGCCGUGGGGCUUACCCUGCCAUCGAGAAGGCCCUGGCGGGCAAAGAGAUUGGCAUCUUAGUGAACAACGCAGGGGUGUUCUACGCUUGCCCAGAUUAUUUCACCAAUUUGACAGAGGAUAAAGUUUGGGAUCUCAUCAAUGUGAAUAUUGGGGCAGUUAACAUGAUGGUGCAUAUGGUGUUGCCAGGGAUGGUGCAGAGAAAGAAAGGCGCUAUUAUAAAUGUUUCGUCUGUAUUCUGCUGCCAGCCCACCCCGAAGAUCACCGCAUAUUCAGCCUCCAAGGCAUACCUGGACCAUUUCAGCAGAGCGCUUCAUUAUGAAUAUGCUCCCCAAGGCAUCUUUGUUCAGAGCUUAAUUCCAUUCUACAUCUCCACCGACGUGACGAAGUUUAGUGACGCGCCCUCCAAAAGCAGUUACUUUGCGCCUUCCGCUGACGAGUUUGCCCACCACGCCAUCACCACCCUUGGAAUAUCCAGAAGGACUACAGGAUACUGGCCGCACUCGAUCAUGUUAAUGUUUGGACAGUACCUACCAGACUGGCUCUGGGCUAGGGGAUUGAACAGAAUUUUCUCCAGUUUUCAUGAAAAGUGACUGCUUUGAAAAACGACAUAAAAAACCUGCAAAGACCGUCCGCUGGAGGACUCAGAACACCUAGCAGCCCUGUAUGACCAUUGCUACAGAACUCCUAGCUUCUUUGGAUGUAUUUUUUUCUCGCCUGCUAAAAAAGAAACGAAACAGAGAAGAUCUAUGUACCUAAACUUUGGGUCAUGAUUCUACCUUGCAAGAUUGAUGGGCAAUGACAAAUCUGUUUAGGUAGUUGGCUUUCUUCGUAUGAUGUCUGUGGUGGACCGAGUUCUAUAAAGUACUAAGCGUGCAAUCCUAUGCAC